AUGACUUCAGCCAAUGGAACUGCUGAAGACAUUUCCUCCACUGCCAAAUUUGGAGACUUGAUCGAAUUUUCCUACCCUAUCGGAUACUCACACUGGGGAGUGUAUGUUGAAGAUGGUAAUGUAAUCCAUUUUGCUGUUGCAGAUCAGGGGCAACUGAUGAGCAGCAUACGUUCUUCCCUACAAACAAUCUUCCCUGUAUGUGGUGACCUUCUUCUUGGGGAGACCAAGAUCCGCAGAGUGCCUCUUCGAGAGGUGAAUGUCCCGAAAGGAACUCAUGCCCUGAUCAGUAACAACCGCCAUGCCUUCACACCAUCAGCACCUGAGGAUAUGAGGCUACGGUGCGAUGCCCUUCUUGAUAAGGAAUUCCCAUAUCAUCUUUUCACUCUCAACUGCGAGCACUUUGCCACUUUUGUACGCUAUGGAAAGGCUGUGUGCAACCAGAUUCCUACAAGACCCAAGAAUGUAGAGUGUGUGAAGGCAACUGCAACCUUCAAAGACAUUGUCAGUGCCAAAGAAACUGCUCAAGACCAUUUUGAAUGA